AUGAAACAGAUGGUCAUACAAGACGACCAGAAAAGUCUCAUCAAACAAGGCACCAACAGCAAGACCAACACCAACACCAACACCAACACCCCUUCCCUCGACACAACUUCCAUCCUCAAACCGAUACAGUCAAUCACCACAAACAGAAAAGUUUCACAAAAGGCCUCGUGCCCGGGUACACGCGCAGAUGCGAUCCCAAACACCCGACGAAUCGAGCCUCCCUGCAUCGUCGUGCAACGGGCAAAAGAACCGGAACCGAACCGGUCGCACGAAGUCUAG